AUGAACGAAUCUCUCAAUGUGAUUGCGUUGAUAUCUGGCGGGAAAGAUAGCUUCUACUCCCUCAUGCAUUGCAUUGAGAAUGGACACAGGAUAGUCGCACUAGCCAAUCUUCAUCCACCCCAGACUCAGCCUGAUGGCAAAGAAGAGUCUCCAUCGGAUAUGAAUAGCUUUAUGUACCAGACUGUGGGCCACACAGUAAUCCCUCUCUAUGGAGAAGCACUGGGGAUACCACUCUACCGAUGGCCUAUUUCAGGCAUCGCUGUUGACACUGGAACCACUUAUGGAAUCACAGGGACACAUAACGAAACUCAUAUCACGCAACCGAACCAAGAUUCUGUAGUGGACGAAACCGAAUCUUUGGUUCCAUUGCUGAAAUGGGUGAUGGGGGAAAAUCCGAGUGCAAAUGCCCUUUGUACGGGUGCCAUUUUGUCAACUUAUCAGCGCACGCGAGUUGAGGCAAUAUCUAACAGGCUUGGUCUCAUUCCACUCUCAUAUUUAUGGCAAUAUCCAAAUCUACCACCUGGUACCCAGAUAUCUUUGCUAGAGGACAUGAAGUCUGUGGGACUGGACGCCAGAAUUGUCAAGGUUGCUGGUGGCGAACUUGAUGAAAGUUACUUGUGGCAAAGUUUGACAACUGAUCAUGUGAUCAAGCGAGUUGAGAAGGCCACCCAAAAGUUCGGUACUCAGGAUGAUGGAUCAUUGCUAGGUGAGGGUGGGGAGUAUGAGACACUCGUUAUUGACGGGCCUUUACAUAUAUUCAAGGGCCGAAUCGAUAUUAAGGAAACAAGUCGGCAUAUCAUCACCGAAACUGGUGGGACUGCUUGGCUUCAUAUCUCAGACGCCAAAGUCAUUAUGAAGACCGACCCUUACUUAGCUAUUAAGCCCGUCCGAAUUCCCCCUCAAUUUGACCCCAAAUUUAGCUCAGUUAUCAAAGCCUUGCAAAGUCCGAGACCUCAAACUGACGUCUUGAGCUCCCAAGAGAGGAAUCAAAAAACUCCUACGGAACCUCUUCAUGUUUUGAACGGGGAUAAUUUGAGUACUUUUAUGGUUCAAUGGACAAUGAAGGUUUCUGAUAGUCGUCCCAUCGCUGACUCAACCUUGGAGCUCAUCGAAAAGUUCAAGCUAAAAUUAAAAGAUGAGGGGCUGAAGCCAGGUAAUAUAGUUUCCAGCAUUGCUAUCCUUAGAUCCAUGCAAGACUUCGCUGUCAUCAACUCAAUUUACGAGGAACUCUUCACGGAGCCCAAUCCUCCAACGCGAGUCACCAUAGCUUGCGGCCCGAGUAUGGGAGCGUAUACUAAUCUCAUUAUCCACUUCACCGGCCUACGCCCGUCAACUGACUUGGUGACUACAUCUCGGAAAGCUCUCCACGUACAAUCGCGCUCCUACUGGGCCCCGGCUAAUAUCGGUCCUUACUCACAAGCCGUCAUCACCACGACCGCCGUGAAUGAGGAGGAAAUUCAAAGCGUGUCAACCGCGGGCCAAAUACCGCUCGUGCCUCACCUCAUGAAAUUAUCAAACACAUCGCUCCUUCCUCCAGCAGUCUUUGAAGCGGCGCUCUCUCUCCAGCAUCUGUGGCGCAUUGGCAUUGCGACUAGUGUCGGCUGGUGGACAGGCGUCAUUACAUACCUAGUGUGCGAUUUGGGCCACGCUUGCGAUAUUUCUCAGCGUGCCAUACUUGCUGGCGAGGCAUGGGCGCACCUACAUCAGGCGCGACCUGAAGACGUGAACGAGGAAACUGCCGACGAAGAGGUGGCUGAUCUUUGGGAAGUGAAUUAUCAUGCUGGCUGGCGUGGCCGUGGUACGGCACGGUGCUCACAUAACCUCCCGGACUGGACGCUCCUCGAAGAGCCUAUGGGAGAGAGUGCGAGGUUCCGUAACGUUGUGCCCCCCCUUUUUGCUGUCGAGGUGGCUGCGCUGCCGCGACAGUGCCUCAUCGAGUGGCACGCCCUGCUCGGCGUGGUGCCGAGUGGGAGGCCGCUUGCGCCCCGUCGUCUCGUUCUACAGCACAGUGUCAUCUACCAGCUGCGCCUCAGCACUCAGCACCAACAAGUCAUCAUCGCCGUUGCCUUCCCAUCCAACCUCACGCAGAUUAGCAGCUACGUUUACGAAGCCUUCUCUCACCUCGGCUGGACGGCUGCGCAUGCUCAUAUUGGAGGCCUCACCUAUUGCGACGCUCAUCUAUCUGAGGACGAACCUGUCUGGUGGCGUGCCUGUGGCACAAUACCGUGUCACAGUCUGUGGAGCGCGACGGGCGAACGAUUGGGUGUGGUAAUAAUUAGAAAUACAAUGAUCUCCAAUGUUUCGGGGUAA